UCAGGACGAGAAGGUGAACGUGUUCGUGGAAUAUUUCGUCGCAAUUUCAUUCGAGAUAUUUUCCUAAAUUAUGGCCGACUACAAGUUGACGUACUACAACAUCCGUGGCUUGGCAGAACCGACGAGAUAUUUAUUCGCCAUGGCGGGAGUUCCAUAUGAAGACGUCCGGAUUCCGUACGACCCGGCAUCCUCGUUACCGAAGGAUAUCAAAGAUAAUACGCCCUGGGGACAGGUUCCGGUUCUUGAAUACAAAGGAGAACUACUAGCACAAGCUUCCGCGAUUGCGCGCUUUGUCGCGAAACGAUUCAACCUCGCAGGGCGGGAUGAAUUUGAAGCGGCGAAAUGCGACGAAUACGUCGAUGCAAUGAAGGAUUUUUGCAUUGAGGCCUUUCGCGCAAUCCGAUUGGAGCAAGAUUUAGCCAAAAAGGCUGCCAUAAAGGUCACCAUGAUGGCCACCGUGAUUCCCAAGUACCUUCAAAAGUUUGAAGAUAUUCUGUCCCGUUCCAAGAGCGGAUGGCUUGUUGGGGACGGAGUCACAUGGGCUGACGUCUACGUCUGCGUGUACAUCUCGCUCAACACGGAUUUCCACCAACUCCCACUGCUCGACGGGUAUCCCGCUCUGGGAAAAAUGUAUGCUACAUUGCACGCUAUUCCAGAGAUUAAGGAUUGGGUGGAGAAGCGCCCAAAGACAAACACUUAAUAAAAGCCAUAUGUUGAAAUGCAUACAAUCAUAAUAAAAGGCUUUCGAGAAUACUACAAAGGUUGGUUGCUAGAUAUGACAAAGCAUCUAUAUUAUAAUUUCGAAAAGUCCGUCCCGUGAAAUUUUCCGUGACAUCCCAGCACUCUGAUUGGUUGCCAGCUUUCUAGGUCCACCAAUCAGAGAACGGAUACGAAUUAUGAUUACUAUUAUGAUUAUGAGUAUGAUUACCAUUAUGAUUAUAAUUAUGAUUAUGAUUAUGAUUACCAUUAUGAUUAUAAUUAUGAUUAUGGAUAUGAUUAUGAAUAUGAUUAUGA